GAAAGGGUUUGGUUCUUCAUUGAAUCCACCUGCAUUCCAUACAACUCUUCAAAUUCGAGCCUGCUUCUAUACAAAUUGUCAUCUCGUAAUCAUAAAUAGCAUUUGCAGCUGCGAAUGCUAUGAAUCAUCUUUCCACACAGGUUUCGAGUUGAAUUGCUGUCAAAUUUGAUGCGUCCAGUCGAUUCCAGUUCGAAAAAUCAUAGCCUGCUGCUUGUUCGUGUUCUUAAUUAGUUUUUACUUUUAAAUUCAUGCUGAUUGGAAUUGCUAAAUUUUGUUAACCCUCGGAAUUUCAUCCUUUUUGUUUAAUUUACACCACGUAUGAUUUAUGAGUGACAUAAAAUUUGGUAACAUAAAGCAUUCAUAUGUUCUGUUUAUUUUCUCUAACACAUUCAGAGAUUCAAACUAGAAGAAGGUUCUUCUUGUGAAUAGGUGUUAUCUGUAAUGUAUAGGUGAUUAGGUGCUUUCAAAGGGAAUAAUGGUCUUGGCAACUCAUCAGUCUCAGGGUUCAUAUGCUCUGUCAAGGCCUUCUUGGAAGAGAGGGAUUAAACCAACACAAAAUUUAGCCGCAUGUUGCACGGUUCAGAGAAUAAACAUUACUUCUUGUUUAUGUGUGGAUCCCCCACUUAUCUAUGGAUCAAAGUUGAAAUCUUUAAGAAUAUCAUACGGAUUAAGAGGGUCACAAUCUGGAAAGAGUUCUUUCAAACUUUCGUACAUCUCCCAGGGCAAUGAAGACAUUUUGUCAGGAUUGCCGAAGGUGCAGAAUGGUCGUGCUCACUCUACCUCCGAUGCAGAUGUGACCACAACAGGGUCUCUAGCCGUACAUAACAUGUUUAAAAGUUGGUUGACGAUAUUGCCCAUGGCUUCACAAAAUAAAGAAGAAACAUUAGAGGGACCAUCCUCAAAAGGACGGGUAGAAACAGAUCACGAGCUCCUAAAAGGUGGAAUUUUGGAGACUGUUUGGUGCAACUUUUGGGGUAUGGAUGCAACAAUAAAGAUCCCAACAAUUAUUUUCAUACCCCUGCUCCUGAUGGUGAAUAUGAAAUAUGGAGCACAAGUUGCAAAGGAGUUGACUCCUUUGUGGAUCACUGGACCUCUAGUCGUUGCUGUUUACAUCAAGACGGUUUGGGUGAUAUGCUCGCUCUACGUUUUCAGCUUCAAGAAGUCGGUCAAAUUGGUAAACAACUUUAGUCGUGGAAAAGUCAAAGAAUUCAUUCGGGUUCAUUUAUGGCAACAUAUGGUGUACUUUAGGAACUUGAACUAUAUAGAGGAGUCGAAAAGAAUGUGGGAAGAGUUUCAAGUGUGGAUAGCGGAUAAGUGUUUGGAUUUCGUUGAAUCAAUGUGGUCUUGUCGCCAAACGAUUGGGUUCUUGAAGAUGGCCAAUAUCAUGUAGGUCAAAUAGGACUCAACUCCUCCCUAUAGGUCGCCAGUUUGAGACUCUUGAGGGUCAUUUUAGUAGCUGUUUUCUUCCGGGUCCCGUGGAAUUAGUGAAGGUACGCGCAAGCUGGCCUGAACACCUACGGUUAAAAGAAGUCUUGUUUCAUCUCGUUUCAUUUGUUUCAUGUAAUGGUUCCUCUAGGCUAACGUAUAGGAAUACCCAUUAUGAAUAGGUUAUUUGAUGGAUUAUUUUGGAGUUUUUGAUAUUGUUUUGCUUG